AUGGGCGCGUACGAGCGGCACAGGCGCCUGCUGGCCUCACUGGCGCGCUAUGGCGCAGGCGCCCGGGGACAGGACCCCCCCGCCCCCGCGCCCCUGCCCAGCCGCACCGAUGCCGACGUGCUGCGCGACAGCUUCCGCUUCAUCCGCAGCGAUGCGGAGGACGCGGCGGGCGACCCCUGGGAGGUGCGCCUGGCGCGGCGGUACUACGCGCAGCUGUACCGAGAGUACGCCAUCGCCGACCUGUCCCGCCACCGCGAGUCCAGGCUGGGCUUGAGGUGGCGCACGCAGCGCGAGGUGGUGGCGGGCAAGGGCCAGUUCUCCUGCGGAGCCGUGGGGUGCGAGGAGCGGCGUGGCCUGGCCUCGUUCGAGGUGCCCUUUGCGUACUGUGAGGCGGGGCGGUCCCGCGUGGCGCUGGUGAAGGUGAGGCUGUGCCCCAAGCACGCCCUGCAGCUCAACCACCGCAAGCAGCGCGAGGCGGAGGCAGCCGCCGGCAGGGCGCGGAAGCGGCGCAGGGCGGGGCCGGAGGGCGAAGGCCGGGUGGCGCGUGGCCGUGAGGAGGAGCGGGGGAGGGAUGCGUCGCCCGGUCCGUCUUCCCAGGAAGUGGCGGCCCAGGGGGCCCCCGCGCCAGAGGUGCGGGGCCACUCGAACCCCGCGGGGGGCGACGCCGACGAGUUUGCUGCCUUCCUCGAGGACCUCUUGCCCUCGGCGUGA